AAUCCAUCGCAGCGGGAGAAGAGAUGCACUUUACAAAGAAAACCUGCUGCUGAGAGGCUGCACCAUCCGCAACACGGAGGAGGCUGUGGGAAUCGUCAUUUACGCAGGUCACGAGACCAAAGCUAUGCUCAACAACAACGGCCCGCGCUACAAGCGCAGUAAACUGGAGCGACAGAUGAAUGUAGAUGUGUUCUGGUGUGUCAUCAUCCUGCUGGUCAUGUGCCUGUUUGCUGCUGUCGGUCAUGGGUUGUGGAUGUUUCAGUACGGAGAUAAGAGACCCGUGUUUGACGUUCUUAGUCCAGAGGGGACGGACUUAUCACCCAUCAUGUCGGCCAUUUAUCUCUUCCUCACCAUGAUCAUCGUCUUUCAGGUGCUGAUCCCCAUCUCCCUUUUUGUGUCGAUUGAGAUCGUUAAGAUCUGCCAAGUGUACUUCAUCCAUCAGGACAUGGAUCUGUACGACGAGGAGACGGACUCUCACCUGCAGUGCAGAGCUCUUAAUAUCACCGAGGACCUCGGCCAGAUGCAAUACAUCUUCUCUGACAAGACGGGCACGCUGACGGAGAACAAGAUGGUGUUUCGCCGCUGCACUGUGGCGGGGGUGGAGUACUCCCAUGAUGCCAACGCGAGGAGGCUCGCCAUGUACCAGGAGAUGGAUUCUGAGGAGGAAGAGUGCACGUCUCACGGUGGCACCCUGCCCAGACGGGACAGUGUGACCAGCCACCAGAGCGCCCGCGUGGUGCUGCGCUCCCAGAGCACAAAGUCCCACCGCAGGACGGGCAGCAGGGCGGAGGCCAAAAGAGCCAGCAUCCUGUCCAAGCACACGGCCUUCAGCAGCCCCAUGGAGAAAAAUAUCACCCCCGACCCUCAGCUCCUCAACAAAGUCAACGAAUGCAGCAGUCAGCUGGACUUCAUGCGCUUUCACAGCCAGCCCACAUCCACGCUGCCCUCUGACCUCGCCGACAUCAUCGAUUUCUUCAUCGCUCUCACCAUCUGCAACACGGUGGUGGUGUCGUCCCCGAACCAGCCCCGGCAGAAGGUCCGCAUGAGGUUUGAGAUGAAGUCUCCAGUUAAGACCAUCGAGGAUUUCAUCAAACGUUUCACCCCCAGCCGUCUGACCUCCGGCUCCAACAGCAGCAGCUCCUCCAGCCUCAUCACCAACCGCUCCUCCAACAGGGGAUGCUCCAGCAUGCUGUCGUCCCCGUCCGCAGAGAGCACGCUCACCAAACUGAACGAGGAGCAUCCGCCCGGCCUGGAGAACGCCUUCAGCGCCAUCCCGCCCUGCUACGACGGGAAGGCGUGGAACGCGGAGGAGGCCGAGCUGCGUUACGAAGCAGAGUCGCCUGACGAGGCUGCGCUGGUUUACGCCGCCAGGGCCUACAAGUGCUCGCUCGUCGGACGCCUCCCUGACCAGGUGACCGUGGAGCUGCCGCACCUGGGGAAGCUGAGCUUUGAGCUGCUGCACACGCUGGGCUUCGACUCCACCAGGAAGCGCAUGUCUGUGGUGGUCAGACACCCUCUGACGGAUCAGAUCACGGUCUACACUAAAGGAGCGGACUCUGUCAUCAUGGACCUCAUCAAACCCCCCGACACAG